AUGGGGGAGGGAGCGGAAGCAGAUCCCCUUGGACAGCCUCUUACCAAUGCCAUAGACUUGAAGAGUGGAGGAGAACCAGGUCAUCCAGCUAAUUCCAGCUCCAGAAAACCUGCAGUAUGGGAACGUCCAGCUGUCCUCAGAGCCAUAACCGUGGUUAUGACGGUCGUCGUCAUUGCUCUAGUAGCAAUUUUGAUAGUGGAAAAAUCUAGGCCGUCUCCUCCAUGCCCCCCUGCCGCCUCCUGGUGCCCGGACGGCUGGAUCCGGAUCCAAGGGAAAUGUUACUAUUUUUCUAAGGCCGAAGGGAACUGGACCUACAGCCGGAGCUUCUGCUCGUCACACGCUGCCUCCCUGGCUGGGAUUGAGAGUCCGCAGCAGCUGGGUUCCCUGCUGCCCUACAAAGGCAAACUGGACCACUGGAUCGGCCUCCGGAAGGACACGGGCCAGGUUUGGAAAUGGGUCAACGGGACCGAGUUUGACCAUCGGUUUGAGAUACAAGGAGGACCAGACUGUGCGUUUCUGGACGAAGACCUCAACGUCAUGACCUCCAGCUGCAGCUCACUGAGAAAAUGGAUCUGCAGUAGACCUGAUACCCCUGUGAAGGGAGAGGAGCAUGGAGUGGGAGGGGAUUCGUGA